UUAAAGACUACAUAUACAAUACUGCCGAUAUUAAUUUAAUACAGCCUGAGAAUAAACCUGUACACACUAAAAUAACAGCCAAAUAUACUAGCACUAUCACAAUACCUCAUGAUUCAUUAGAAGAUACUGAAACUGCUGAAGAAUAUGUAGCCAAAGCAAUGGGUAUGUAUGGUUCUCGAUUGCGUGAACCUAUACGCGUACCCUAUGAACCAGAACCAACACAAUCAGAACAACCUCAGCAGCACCAUCAGCAACAGCAAAAAGAACAGGAUCAUUUGCAGCAGCAGAAUCAACAGCUAUUAGAUCAUCAUCAACAACAGCAACAGCAAGAGCAACAAAAGCAAAACGAGGAACAAAAACAAAAUAAUUACGAAUAUUAUACAUAUACCCAAAAGGAAGUACCACAUCAGACAUAUACAACUGACGACGAACAAGCUCCGCAACAGGCUUACGAACAAUAUCCCUCUCGACCAACAUCCGAAAAUGAUGCCAAACAACAAUUGGAAGAACAUUUACAAGCCCAGUUGCAAGAACAAAUACAACAAGCGCAACAAUUGGUAAAAGACAGAGAACAAAAACCACCACAAGCUGAACAAAAUGAAGCCGAUGAAUCUCCCGCUCCAGUAUAUGAAAAAGAUCCUGUCACCAGAUCCUACAAUAUAUAUGAAGAACAUACCGAAGGUUAUGAUCCAGCACAACAAUCCGUGGUCGACCGUAACUAUCGCACUAAAUUUAUCUACAAACCUGCUCCCCAAUAUCAAGAAAAUGCAAAUGAAAACGAAGAGAGGAUACGAGUGUCCGCUUCUACAGAAAUACCAAAAGCCGAAAUCAUGAAGCAAAUUGAAAAGUCUGUUAUUAAAUAUAUGAAGGAAUUGGAAGCAGAAGGCAAGAUUAUUGCAGCUCCUCAAAAUCAAGAGCCCAAAACCUAUUUUAAAGUCAUAACAGUUCCAGGAAGUGACGAGAAACGUAUAGCUUCUACUACAAUUAAACCAACCAAAUAUAUCUCCUCCUCUAGCGGCAGCUAUCAAGAACCUUAUAAAUAUUUGGCAUCUCAAGCAAUCUCAUCAACCCAAAAGUACCAUAAAAAUGCACCUCCUAAGUCCAAUUAUCAGAAUGAAAACGAAAGUGCAUAUCAAACAGCUGCCCAUGAUGUAGCCGAAUUAACACCAAAUGUUGAAUUUAUAUACAAAAUAAAAACAAAGGCACCUUUACAUACCGCCACAGUAAAAACUGUAUCAAAACCUUAUAAUUUACCCAUUAAAUCAUACGAACAAUUUGAUCACUCACAAGCAUUAAAGAAUUUGGAGGAAUUUGAUCUUUCGCACGUAGUUACAACACCGGAUCCAGAAGAACAUCAAAUUGCUUCCACCAACAAACCAAACAAAUUGUAUUUCAAUUCAGAAAUCUAUCAUGACAUCAAUUCAUUGCCAUAUAAGCAAAAGCAACGAGCGGAAGCAGAAUUUCGUAAAUUAAAGGCUGCCGCAGAAAAUCAUCCAGACUAUAAAGGUUACGCGGCUAGUAAUUCACAAGGUGGUUAUUAUGCGGAACCACCAUCUGAUCGCGAACCUGAUCGCGAAACUUCAAGUUCUAAUGUUUCCGAAGAUGGCUAUCCUAUAAUGAACCCUUAUCAGCAUGUACUAAAGAAGGAGGCAAUGCCUGGUAAAUAUGAUGACUCCAGUUAUGAGCAGCAACAACCUCGAAGUCAUAAAUAUAAACCUCUAGAAUUUGAUAGUUAUAAUCCUAAAUUUAACAACAAUCCGGAGGGCUAUGGAUACCAACAGACCUAUAAAACACAUCUAACAAACCGACAUGCUCCCGGUAAAAGAGGUAAGCGUGGUGGUUCACCCCAUCCAAGCGCGAACAAGAAGUCAACACAUCGUGCUUCCUUAAAAGAUUAUGAAGCUAAUGUUGCUCUUCGCCCACCACCAAAAAAUUAAACUAUUAUUUUAAUAGCCAACGCGAAUGAAGUCUUCUAGAAAUUUUCUUUAUUUGUUUAUAAUUAAUUCUUUUAAAAUAGUUCAUAGUUGUGCUGAAAUAUUAAAUUUUAAACAAUUACUAUUGUUUAAUUUACACUAAUUUUAAAUGAUAUUAAAAGUGUGUUAUUUAUUUUUGAAUAAUUUUUAUAUACAAUA